GGCUUCUGACUGGUAGUGGUGUGAGGUGUCGGCCCAGAUAAUCAGGGUUGCACCCCAAAGAUCCGGGGCUUUGGCACUUUGGGCCCCUCACUGCCUACACCCAUAGCAUCAUUAUAUCACACCCAAGAGUCUCAGCCUUUGGGGUGAUGAAGACUUGGCAAUCCUAGGCACAGCUAUUGACAGAAGUUUUGCAUAAAUAUUUGGUAGCUUUGUCCGGUUACUUAUUAAUAUUUUUCAAAACUAGUUAUAAGACCGUGCAUUCCUUCCUGUUUGCUCAUCCGUUCUUUGACCAUGGGGAACCAUUUGCUGUUUUAUAUUCUGCUGGUGCUCAUUCCUGCCCUUGGAUCAUCUGAUUUUGUAAUAACCCAUUUCAGGAACAUCAAGAAGAGAAAUGCUGCAGAUGUUAUCACAGAUGGCAUAGAUAUCUAUAGCAUGAAAAUUGAUUGCAAAGUUACUUCCCGGUUUUCCCAUAAUGUCAUCACCAGUCGAGCCGUCAAUCGUGGCAAUGUGUCCAAGGAAGCCUUGUUUGAUGUGGAGCUCCCCAAGACAGCAUUCAUCACCAAUUUCACCAUGACUAUUGAUGGCGUCACCUAUCCUGGAACUAUAAAGGAAAAAGAAGCUGCCCAACAACAGUAUCAACAGGCAGUUUCAAGGGGACAGACUGCAGGUCUAGUAAAGGCCUCUGGGAGAAAAACUGAAAAAUUCAGUGUUACAGUCAACAUUGCGGCAGCCAGCAAAGUCACUUUUGUGUUGACCUAUGAGGAACUGUUGAAGCGAAGAUUUGGAAAGUAUGAGUUGUUCAUAAAAGUAAAUCCAAAGCAGCUUGUCAAUAAGUUUGAGAUUGAGGCAAACAUCUUUGAACCCCAGGGUAUCAGUUAUUUGGAAGCCGAAGGAUCAUUCAUCACUAAUGACUUGUUACCAGUCAUACAUAAGUCUUUCUCAGGAAAAAAGGGUGAAGUGACUUUCAAGCCGACCCUGGACCAACAACGAUCCUGUGUCAAUUGUCCAACAACAUUGUUGGAUGGAGAUUUUGUCAUCAAAUAUGAUGUGAACAGAGAGUCCCCAGGGAAUUUACAGAUUGUCAAUGGAUACUUUGUGCAUUUCUUUGCACCAAAAAAUGUUUCACAUUUGCCUAAGAACAUUGUUUUUAUAAUAGAUGUCAGUAUCUCAAUGUCUGGACGAAAACUACAACAGACAAAGGAUGCACUGCUAAAAAUAUUGGAAGACAUAAAAGAAGAAGACUACUUGAAUUUUGUAUUGUUUGGUAGUGAUGUACACAAAUGGAAACAUACCUUAAUCCAAGCCACACCUGAGAACCUGGAUGAAGCAAGACGUUAUGUUCGAAACAUUAAUAUAGCUGGAUGGACAAAUCUCAAUGGUGGCUUAAUGGCUGGGAUUGAAAUGCUGAAUGACGCUCAGAAAAAUGGUUCUGUGCCAGAAAGAAGUGCCUCCUUAAUUAUCAUGUUGACAGACGGCAGGCCCACUAAAGGAGAAAGAGAUACCCAAGUGAUUUUAGAUAAUGUCAGAAAUGCAAUUCAAGGGAAAUACCCUUUAUAUAACCUUGGGUUUGGCUACGACCUUGACUAUGGGUCUUUAGAAAAGCUGGCAGCUGAGAACAAUGGACUGGCUCGUCGCAUCUAUGAAGAUUCUGAUUCAGACCUACAGUUACAGGGCUUCUAUGAUGAGGUGGCUAAUCCCUUACUUACAGAAGUGGAAUUGAAGUACCCUGAAAAUGCCAUCUCUGACUUGACCCAAAGUAGUUUCAAACACUACUAUGAUGGUUCUGAAAUAGUUGUGGCUGGACAUUUAACACUGCCUGACUUCAAUGAUAUUUUCGUAGAGGUGACAGCUCAUGGGGCAGAAGAGGACAUGACAUUCUCUGAACAAGCAGAUGUUGAAGAAACAGCAAAAGCUCUUGAAGAGCAGGAGUAUGUAUUCGGAGAUUAUAUUGAGAGACUCUGGGCUUAUCUCACCAUUCAACAGCUUCUGGAAAAACGCAAUGCAGCAAAGGGAGAAGAAAAGGCCAAUCUUACUGCUAAAGCCCUGGAAAUGUCCCUGAAAUAUAAGUUUGUGACUCCUUUGACAUCCAUGGUGGUCACAAAACCAGAAGACAAUGAGGAUAAGGCUGCACUUGCUGACAAGCCUCUAGAAGGUACAGCUACAUUAUACUUUUUAAAAAGAUUAUCUAAAUGGACAUUUCUAUUUGCAGUUGAUGGAGAUCCACACUUUAUUAUCGAUGUUCCCCAAAAAGAAGAUGCACUUUGCUUUAACAUUAAUGAAGACCCCGGCGUAGUCUUAAACCUAAUUAGAGACCCAAUUACAGGUAUUACGGUCAAUGGGCAGCUUAUUGGAGAUACAAUGAGCAAUAAUGAUGCGGGACCACACAAUACCUAUAUUGGAAGACUUGGGAUUGUAAAUACACCAUUGAAUUUAAAACUGGAAGUAACUCCUGAGAAAAUCAUUCUCCACAAUGGCACAAAGCAGAUGACAUUUACAUGGCUUGAUGAAAUCACCUUACUAAACCCAAGGUUGACUUUGAGAAUCAUCCGGAAAAAGAGUUUGGAAGUCUCAAUGGGAGAGGGAGCAACUUUUGAAGUGGUUUUGCACCAGGUCUGGAGGAAGCACCCAAAACACAGAGAAUUUCUUGGAUUCUACAUCAUGGACAGUCACAGGUUGUCUGAGCAAACACAUGGUUUAUUAGGGCAAUUCUUUCAACCAAUUGACUUUAACAUACUUGAAGUCCAUCCUGGGUCUGAUCCUGAGAAACCAGAUGCUACCAUGAUUGUGAAAAAUAACCAGCUGACAGUAACCAGGGGAUGGCAAAAAGAUUACACAGAAGAUACAAAGCACGGCACAAAUGUCCCUUGUUGGUUUAUUCACAGCAAUGGAGAAGGUCUAAUUGAUGGCACCUAUACUGACUAUGUAGUUUCUAGCCUCUUUUAGCACAAGAUAUAUUAGUCUUUGGCUAUGAUCCUUUGAAGUAACAGAAUAUAUAAGUAUUCCAUAGCACUGAUGUUCGCUAAUUGACUAUAAAUGUAUUCAUAGAUCACUUUUUUAUGGUUCCUGUUUUAGUACAACAAUGCUAUCCUAGAUGCCUACUUAGUCACAAGUCAAUAGAACUUGUACUCUACAAAACCAGGGGUUAUUAUUUCCUCAUGUUUCUCACAUUAAUUGCAGGACAAUUAUCCUUUUUAAGAACAUUAACUCUGAUAACAUUUCUAAUCUGGAGAUUAAACUAAACCAUAAUUUGUAUAAUUUAACUAUAGUGUUGGUAGAAAGAGGUUCAAAAUAAAGUAAAAGUGUCAAAGCAGUCCAUCUUAUGUAAGAAUGAAUGCUGCGAUUAAAUCUUCAGUUUCAAUA